UCAUAUUUGAACUCAUCUCCGAUAGUUUUAUGGGAUGGGAGGCUGACCAUCCUGUCGUACCUUUGUUUCAUGUUUGCAAACAAUGGAACGUGCUGGUCGCGCCGCUCAUUUACCGACAUCUGUGCGUAUCAGGAUUCAACUGCGCUGAGAAGCUCUCGUUGGCACUCGACGACGGGACGAAAAGGGGCAUCCUUGUCAACCCCGCCGUGCGGUCUCUCGAUGUCAAUCCUCCAGUAUCCAGCACUACCCAUGCCCUCGAUAUCUUGAAAAAGUGUUCACACUUGCACACCUUUGACGCGCGUCCCGCCUCUCCUUCUGAUCUUCGCUGGUUGGAAUCACUUGCCAUGCCUGGAGGAACGUUGAGGAUUCUCCACGUACAUCUUUGUUUCGGUAGUGGUUGGGACGGCGAAUCGCUCAUAUCCAUCGGCCGGCUUUUAACCUUGAAUCGUCUCUACGUUGUGGUCAUGCCACUCAACCACAUGGAUGCUACACAGUUUCCUGCAGUUGAUCCAUGGAUGUUACCCGAUUUAGUCCAUCUGUCGGUGAUGUGCACCAAGGACGGGCCGGGUCAUGGUGCAUUUACGAAAUUCAUUGAACAAUGCCAUUUUCCGUCGCUUCGAUCCGUCAGACUUUUAAACAGACGAUCUAUGAC